CUGCCCGACCCGCGGGGCCCGGAGUACCGGCACGGGCCGCUGCUGCUGCGGGGUCCGGGGGUCGGUGAUGCUGGGCUGGCCCGGCUCUGCCCGGGACCGUGCGGGGCUCGGGGGGGUCUCACCCACCGGCGUGGCCCCGUCCCUGCUGUGACCACGCGCCCGUCCCGGGCCCCGGUUUGGAGGGCCGGGUCCCGGUUAGUCCCGGUUAGCCCCGGGACACCCUGGUGCGGCUGAAUCCCUGCACCCCGCGGGCCGGGCAGGGCCGGGCCGGGCCGGGCGGGGCCGCUCCCGGCCGCGGUGGCAGGGCCGGGCCGUGCCGGCGACGUGGCCCCGGGGCGGGGCGGGCGGCACCGACACGCGGACGGGGCUGGGUGAGUGGGUACCGGGAGGCACCGGCGGUACCGGGGUGGGCGUGUGCGGGGUGAGUGGGUACCGGGGGCUGCACUGGGUGGGCAGCGCCGGCCGGUCCCACGCGCUCUGCGUGCCCCGCGCACCUUUCCCGCCGUGCUGGAACCGGGGCAGCUCCCGGAGCCCCGGCGCCUCUCCCAGCGCCGGGUUCCCACGGGCCCUCCCACCGACCCCCGGGGGCCAGCCCCGAUCCCGGUGUUCCCGUCCCGCUGCAGCCCGCGGUCGCGGGAUGAGGAACGCGCCGGUGAUGCUGCUGCUGCUGCUGCUGCUGCUGCUGGGGCCGGCGGCCUGGGCCGCCCCCAGGGCGGGCACCGACAGGCCUGAGCCCCCCGUGGCCACAGUCGUGGAUCCGUAUCCUGACUCGCUGAGCCCGGAGUCGCCUGCACUGCUGCUGCUGUGGAGCGCAGUGCGGAGCCUGGGGCCGCCGGAGCAGGACGUGGAGGCCAUGACACGGGAGCAGGCCCUGCUCUACCUCUUCGUGCUCCAUGACCACGACCAGAGCAGGCAGCUGGAUGGGCUGGAGCUGUUGCAGUUACUUGGCACGGUGCUGGCACAGGCUGGGGGGCAGCCAGACCCUGACAUGGUGGCUGCACUGGUGGACCAAGCCCUGGCAAGGCAGGACCUGAAUGGGGAUGGGCUGCUGGCCCCCUCCGAGCUGCUGGACCCCCCUGAGGUGCUCUUGCCUGGUCAGGACAAGGGUCCCCCAGGACAGCCCCCGCUAGAGCAGCAGGCAGGGGUUGGGGCUGUGCCUGGUGGGGGCACAGAGAUGCCCAGGCAGGACCUGGGGUUGGACAGCCCAGGACAGGCAGCCACUGAGGCUGGAGACCCCCAGACUGGAGCUCCUGAGGAAGGAGACCCUGCAGAUGGAGUCUCCAGGAUGGAAUCCCUCGAGGUGGAAUCUCCCAAUGCUGAGGCCUUGGAGGCAGAAGUCGUCCCUGGGGCCAAAGCCCCCAGUACUGAUGCCACAGAGGAAGAUGAAGCCCCUGAGGCUGAAACCCCUGAGGAGCAGGCAGUCCCAGCCUGGAGGGACCAUGGGGAGGGGUAGGCAGUGGGGGCUGUGGGAUGCAAUGCCCCGGCUGCUCCCUGCCCUGCUCAGGGCACAGACUGGCACGGGAAUGGCUCCUGGCCAGGCUGCUGGGGCCGAGAAGGGCUGGGGUUGUGUGACCUCCUCUGUAAUGUAUCGGAUGGAGAAAUAGAGGCACUGCUGG